AACAAUCGCAACAAUCACAAGAUGAUGAUGACAAAAAUUAAUCACCAUUCGUUAUAUAUAACGUUUUUGUAUUCAUACGAUUGAGGAUUUGGUGAACAACACAAAACAAACAUGGAACAAAUUCUUGAAAAUAUGAAUAAAAUACAUGAUUUAUCUUGUUGGCCAUUGAUACAAGAAAUUUUAACUGAAGAACCAGAUUUUUGGUCCACAAAAUUAACCACCGAAAAUGAUCGAAUAUUUAUCUGUGAUCAUGGAACAAGAGCCAUAUUAGUUUCAUAUAGAAAUGAAUGUACAAAACUUUAUCUAUGGAAUGCAGGAUUUCGUAAUAAAUCAAUCGAUGCAAAAUCAUCAUCAUCAUCAUCAUCAUCAUCAAUGGACAAAUCACCAACACAUCAACAACAAUUACGACGUUGGUUUCUUCUAAAUGAUCUUUGUUUUCGUUGUCCAAUCAAACAAAUACGAUUCAUUAAUGGAUGGUUAUUUAUAUUGACAGCUAAUGAUCGUCUUCAUUGUCGUGAUCUUGAUGUAUGUGAAAAUAUUUCCGAUAACAAUCAAUCAAUACAUAAUGAUAAGAAUUUUUAUGAAAAAAAUCGUUUGAUUUAUCCAUUUGAACAAUGUAUAAAGUUAACACCAUUGCUGCCAUCAUUAUUAUUACUUGGUGGUGAUGCUAAUAAUCAUUAUAAACAACAACAACAAGAACAAUGUAAAUUUGCCACAAUAAGACAAAAAACAACAUAUAUUAUGGAUAAUGUGGCAAAAUUUGAUCAAAGUGAAACAUAUACAGUAAUAUUAAUGAAAAAUAUGGCAACAAUCCAUUUGAUGACAUGGUUGAUACAUCCAAAUCAUAAUCGGCAAUUAUUCGAACAUCAUAUUGAACAUACAUCUUUUCCACGUUUACGAUUUCAUGAUGUGGCCGUUUUUGCACGUGGUUGGAUUGCAUUGACCAAUCAACAGACAUUAUUGAUUGAAGGUAGUUUCAUGCCGGACAUACAACCAGAAAAACAGCACAUUUAUCCACGAAUGACGGUGAUCGAUCUUAAAGAAUUACAAUUUCCAAUGAAAUACGGCAAUGGAUAUCCAUCAUCAUCAUCAUCACCAAUAUAUUUUAAUCGUAUAUAUGCAAGUAAACAUCAAUUAUUAUUACUCACAGAUAAUGGUAUUAUCUAUUGUUUAAUAUUUACACAAAACAUUCCAUACAUACUUGGUACAUUUAUGAAUAGCAGCAUACCAAUCAUACAGAUUUAUUCACAUUAUAAUUCAUCAAAUUUUAUCGCUAUUGGUGUGGAUGAAAAAAUUCAUGUUUAUUGUCCAAAACCAAUUCCAAUCGAUCCAUCUGGUUAUCAUACUGUUGAAAUGAUGAAUCAUCAACAACAACAACAACAUGCCUGGACCAAGAAAUUGUCUUGUAGUGACAGCAUUUCAAUCAAUACCUGAUGCAUAUUCUAUUUUUAUUCAAUCUGGUGAUAUGUCAACAAUGGCUAGUAGUUAUAAUGUUGUUGAAAUGUUUAAUAAUUCAAAAUCGAAUCAAAAUUAUUACCGUUUUAAUGAUCCAAUUACAUCCGAUAUUAUGGUUUCAUUGAAUGAACAGAAUUAUUUUCUUCAAUCAAAAAUCGUAACACCAUU